CCCUUCUCAGAGGCAUUGAAGUUCCAUGUUUCGUGAGCCUUGGCACCAUGCUCAAGUUGGUGGUUGCCACUCCCGACAAGCGCAAGGUUGAGCUGGAUUGUUUGCCCACUGACACCUUUGCGGAGGUGAAGUCUCGCAUCGAGGCCAUGACAAACCAUUUGUCCUGGCAGUCUGUCAGAACCGACUUGGGGGCACUCGUGCCAGAGGCUGCAACUGGAGUACCUCCAGAGAAGCAACGGCUGCUCUGCAAUGGCCGAGAGCGCAAGGAUGGGAAGGAGACGCUUGGAAGCGCUGGAGUGGGGGCGAAAAGCAAGCUGAUGCUAAUGCUUGCGCCGGGUUACAGCAUGCCGGCGGCGCCAAUAGCGUCUGCAAGCCAAGAGGUGGCUCCAGAGCCUGAGGAGGCUGAAGCUGAAGCCGUCGAGCUGGAGGGGGAGCUUCCAGGGGCUACCGGGGCCAUGGCCCAGGCUGUGCCAUCCGUCUUGGUCCGCCAAGGGAGACAUCGAUAUAAAGUUCGAGUUCCACAAGGCUUAAAAGAGGCCACCUUCGGUGACUUGGCAGAUUUUUUGGCAGCGCAAAUGCUGCCGCCAGGAAUUCCGUCGUCCGAGCUCCGCCUCAUUUCCAAGGGCAAAACGGCAUCAAGAGAUGAGCCACUGAGCGAUCAACAGAGCUGCAAAGAUAUGUCUGUGAUGCUGCUCUUCAGGGAGGGCUUUCAUGUUGCCGCUGAGGGGGCGCGUUGGAUGGCUGAAAAGGGUGAGGAGCUGGCGCAGGCAGAGGCAAGGUUGAUGUCUCUGUCCAAGCGGGUCGAAGCAAACUUUUCCGAUGCAGAGACAUCACUGCAGCUAACAGAGGUGGCUGGCUUCAUCGACACGCUGUUGCAAAGUGUCGAUAGUGUGCGAGUGAAUUCCAUGAAGCUGCCCCAGAUGGAAGAGCUCCGAAAUCGUGCGAUGAAAGCGGACGAACGUUUGAAGGAGCUCCGAAAGACUGUUCGAUUCUGACGCCUGGGCCGGGCACACGCUUGGGUGAUUGUGAUUGUGAACAAAAA